AUGUCUUGUUCAAAAUAUUUUCUCAUCUUUUCAAUAUUUUUAUGUUUUACCUUUCAACAAAUUGAAUCUGAUGAUGAGCGACCAUUUCUGAAGGUUGUAAUUCCAAACUUACGUUGCAGUAACAGAAAUGAAAGUCAAAAACUGGAAACUGAUAAAGUUUCGAUUGCUUUACAGACUUCAAAUGGUCAAAAGUUGCGUUAUUCGAUUUUAAUUGACUUUGAAAUGUUAGAUGGAUUUAAAAAUCAGAGACAUACGCUGACGAUCUGGAGGAAUAUCAAAAAACUUCAACAGAGGCUUAUAAGUAAUGCCGACACAAUCUCAUUGAAGAAUCGAAUCGACAUCAGUGCAGCAGAAUUGACGCCACAAAAUGUUUACAAAUUUCGAAUCAUUGGCAUUGACGAUAAAAAUCAUUCAACUGAAGUUCGAAGCUUCAACAUUACAUACAAAGAUGGUGAAUUGAAAGCUCAACAAGAAGGAGAUCUGGCCGAUGACAUUUCGUUGCAUAUUUUGGCUUCUGAUUUUUAUUACGACGAUAUGGAAAUCAUACUAGUAGCGGUUGCUUCUUUCUGUGAUGAGUCUAAUGACUUUUAUUAUCAAUGGUCAUUCAAUGGACUCAAUGGAACUGACAUUAAAGAUGUCAAAGGAAGUUCUUUAAAAGUGCCAGCAGGAAUUUUAAAUUCAGAAAACUCUCUCGAUGUUAAUGUGACUGUUUUCAACAAUCUUACUACGGCUCUAGCCUUUGCGACAAAAACGAUAAAAAUUCUUUCGAAACCUUUUGAGAUUCAAAAUAUUCCCUCAGCAUUGUCGAUUGGAGUUGAUAGGCAAGUUCCGAUUCAAGUUAUAUUUAGCCAAAGAUCAUUCAAUGACUUAAGUUCAGUUCAAUGGACGUGCAUGCAGAAUGAAAUUGAAUGCCCAGAAAAUUUACUUAACUCGUCAUUUCUUACUCAACAAUUGAUUUUUUCCACUGAAGGAACUUACAACAUUCGAUCUGAAGUGACGUUGAAAGAAUUGAAAAGAUCUUCGACAUCAAAUGUCAUUGUGAACAGAAAUAUUUUACCCCACGUUCAAAUGAAAUAUUUCCCAACUCAACCUUUAAAUGUUAAAGAAGCAAACGAAGUUGUCGUGACAAUUGUAAAUGUUGUUCCAAAUUGCAUCGCGCAUUGGAAUUUAAUUGCUGGCGAUGGUUUUGCAGAUGCUAAAGAAGAAAAUAAAGAAAAGUUAGAAAAUGUUGGACUGAUUGAAGUUAACAAUAUGGAAGAACAAGUUGAUGAGAAUAAAACGCUAUCGAAGGAUGUACAUUUAAACAUCUCUGAAGAUAUUCUUUCACCAAAUGAGAAAUACAAAUUUCGAUUAAAUAUUAAUUGCCCUGAAGCACAAUUGAAUGAGUUCCAAGCAAGUUUACAAAGAUUUGAAUUUUCCAAAGCUUUUAAUGUUGCUGUGAAUUUUCUUUUAACUCAAAGAAGACUUAAAGGUGACAAUUCAACAAAUUAUGAGAUGAAAAUAACUCAAAUGUUAAAGGAUGAAUUGAAAAUGUUGAAAGCAUUAGAGCCGAAAGGUUUCGUUUAUGAGGAAAAAGUUGAUGAAUUUGUGGACAUGUCGAUGAAUUUGAAAAGUUUUAUGAAAAUCGAAGACGAAGUUUUUGUGGCAGAAAUUUUAAGUUUGGCAGAAACUUUAAACAAAACACGAAUGAAACGUUCUUUGGAUUUGCAAAAGUCCCAAAGUUCUAUAAUUAACAAUCAUCAUGGCACUGAUUACAUCAAGAAAGUUUUAAAAUUAUCAGAAAUUUUACUCUCAUCAAACAACGUGACAAUUGUUGAAAAAGAAAAGAAAAGAUUUCCAACGAAAGUUCGUGAAUUUGUUGAAAUGUUGUGUCAAGAUCGAAAUUUCAACAUCAAAAAUAUUAAAUCAAAAUCAGUUUUAGUUGAAGUUUCGCGGGUUUACUCACCACAACUUUCUGUUGAGCAGCAAAUGUUUCCCGGAAACCCCAAAGCAGCAAUUUUAUUUAGCAACUCAAAUUUUCCUGAUAAUUUUAUUUGUAUUGGAAAAAUUCGAUUUGACAGUAAAAUUUUCGAUUUAAGUUCUUCGACUGAUGACCCAACUCCAGUCUAUGAAACAAUUCUUUUAAAUAAUGAUAGGAAGAAAGACGAUUUAAAAAUCAUAAAGCCGGCAGAAUUUUCUGACUCGGUGAUCAUGGAAAUUCCAUUGGAAUUGAAAGAUCAUCUAACAUCGUCGAUGUGUCUGAUAUGGAAAGACAAUCAAUGGAAUAACAAAACUUGUAGGAACUUAGAAAACAAUCGUAAUGACAGAAUUACAUGUAAAUGUACGAUUGAUGGGAUUUUUGAUGGAAUUAUAAUUAGGUGA